CCCACAAAGAAGACGAGGAGAACCGUAAACUGUCUGUUUACUUUGCUUUACGUCCACCGACAGUCGGUUGCCGGUAAAACGGGGCAGGGCCGCCGUUGUCUCCGUCAAGCUAGCCGGAGUUUGACAGACACAGAGCUCCUCUUCCUCCAGGAUGAACGCAGCGCACAGCGCGUCUGUAACGAGUCCACCUCUAACCAGCGUCUUCUGACUUUACUGACCGGAAGCUGUGUCUGUAAGUGUCGGAGGUUUGACCCUGGUCGGGCCACAGUGAAUGCACAUCCAACAACGCUGGGCUUGGAUAUAAAGCAGAAACGUAAGCUAACGGUACAUGUAUGUGACACGAAGAGCGGAGAAGGAACCGUGAACACACAUGGAUCCCAACCGGAUAAUCCAGGCUCUGAAGGGGACUAUCGACCCCAAUCUGAGGAUAGCGGCGGAGAAUGAACUCAAUCAGUCCUACAAGAUCAUCAACUUCGCCCCGACCCUGCUUCAGAUCAUCGUGUCGGAGCAGGUGGAGUUUCCUGUUCGUCAGGCAGCGGCCAUCUACUUGAAGAACAUGGUGAGUCAGUACUGGCAGGACAGGGAGCCGUCUCUCGGCGAGGUCGUCUUCCCCUUCAACAUCCACGAGAACGACCGGCAGCAGAUCAGAGACCACAUAGUGGAGGGCAUCAUCCGUUGUCCAGAGUCCAUACGUGCUCAGCUGACCAUGUGUCUGCGAGCCAUCAUCAAGCACGACUUCCCUGGUCGCUGGACCGCCAUAGUGGACAAGAUCGGCAUGUACCUGCAGUCUCAGAACAGCGGCAGCUGGUACGGCAGCCUGCUGGCUCUUUACCAGCUGGUCAAAACAUACGAGUACAGGAAGGCAGAUGAGAGGGAGCCGUUGCUGGCAGCGAUGCAGAUCUUCCUGCCGAGGAUUCAGCAGCUCAUCAGCCAACUGCUGGUCGACUCCACCAUCUUCUCUGUCCUCAUCCAGAAACAGAUCCUCAAGAUCUUCCACGCUCUUGUACAGUACUCGCUGCCUCUCCAGCUGAUCAACAACACAGUGAUGACUCAGUGGAUGGAAAUUCUCCGAGCUAUAAUGGACCGAGACGUCCCAGCUGAGACGUUGGAGGUUGAUGAGGACGACCGUCCUGAGCUGGCGUGGUGGAAGUGUAAGAAGUGGGCGUUGCGCAUCAUCACCAGACUGUUCGAGCGGUAUGGAAGCCCUGGCAAUGUGACGAAGGAGUACUACGAGUUUGCUGACUUCUUCCUGAAGACUUAUGCAGUGGGCAUUCAACAGGUCCUACUGAAAGUGGUGGAUCAGCACCGACAGAAGCAGUAUGUUACUCCUCGCGUCCUGCAGCAGUGCAUCAACUACCUCAACCAGAGCCUGUCACACUCACUGACCUGGAAGCAGAUGAAGCCACACAUGCAGGCCAUAUGUCAGGAGGUCAUCUUCCCUCUCAUGUGUUACAAAGACGAGGAUGAGAAGCUCUGGCAGGAGGACCCCUACGAGUACAUCCGCAUGAAGUUCAACCUUUACGAUGACCACGCCUUGCCGGCUACCGCUGCCCAGAGCCUCCUGUGUAAAGCUGCCCGUAAGAGGAAGGAGGUUCUUCCUCAGAUGAUGGAGUUCUGCCACCAGAUACUGAUGGACCCCUCUGCUGACUCCCGCAGGAAAGACGGGGCACUGCACUGCAUUGGCGCGCUGGCUGACCUCUUACUGAAGAAGCGGAUGUACAGAGAACAGAUGGAACUGAUGCUGCAAAACUACGUCUUCCCUCUGCUCAACUCUCCUAUGGGUUACCUGCGAGCUAGGUCCUGUUGGGUGCUCCAUACAAUCCAUUCGUGCUGGGUGCUCCACUCCUUCAGCCCGCUGCGUUUCCACGACGAGCUGGUGCUGAGGAAUGCCGUGGAGUUGGUCAAACAGGACCUGAUCGACGACAAAGAGAUGCCCGUCAAGGUGGAGGCCGCCAUCGCUCUGCAGACGCUGGUCAGCAACCAGGAACAAGCCAAGCUGUACAUCAGGCCGUACAUCCGGCCGAUCAUGCAGGAGCUGCUGCAUGUGGUGAAAGAGACGGAGAACGACGACCUGACCAACGUCAUCCAGAAGAUGAUCUGCGAGUACAACCAGGAAGUGGCCGCCAUCGCUGUGGACAUGACCCAGAACCUGGCGGAGAUCUUCACCAGAGUCCUUCAGAGUGAGGAGUACGAGGAGAACGAGGACAAGACUGUCAUGGCCCUGGGCAUCCUCAGCACCAUCGACACCAUCCUCACUGUCAUGGAGGACCACAAGGAGAUCACUCAGCAGCUGGAGGGGAUCUGUUUGCAGGUGAUCGGCCUGGUCUUGCAGAAGCCCAUCAUAGGUAUGGCAGAGUUCUAUGAGGAGAUCCUGUCGCUGGCGUUCGGCCUCACCUGUCAGACCAUCUCCCCCCAGAUGUGGCAGCUUCUCGGCGUCCUGUACGAGGUCUUCCAGCAUGACUGCUUCGACUACUUCACAGAUAUGAUGCCUCUCUUGCACAACUAUGUUACCGUGGAUACAGACAUGCUCCUGUCCAACCCCAAGCACUUAGAGGUCAUCUACAGCAUGUGCAAAAAGGUGCUGACCAUAGAUGCAGGUGAGGACGCAGAGUGUCAUGCUGCCAAACUGUUGGAGGUCAUCAUCCUGCAGUGCAGAGGCAGAGGCAUCGACCAGUGCAUCCCUCUGUUUGUGGAGGCAGUCCUGGAGCGUUUGAUGCGCGGGGUGAAAUCCAGCGAGCUGAGGACCAUGUGCCUGCAGGUGGCUAUCGCAGCUCUCUACUACAACCCGGCCCUGCUCAUCCACACUCUGGACAACAUGCACUUCCAGCACAACCCACAGCCCAUCACUGCCCACUUCAUCAACCAGUGGAUGAACGACACAGAGUUCUUCCUUGGGCUCCACGACCGUAAGAUGUGCAUCAUCGGCCUGAGCGUGCUGAUGGAGCUGCCCAGCCGGCCGGCGGUGUUAGAGGGAGUCGCCGCCCAGAUUGUCCCCUCCAUCCUGCUCCUGUUCCUGGGCCUCAAACACCUCUACGCCUCCCGCCUAGUCAACAAACCGGACCUGCUGGCUCGCGCGGGAGCUCAGGAUGAAGACCAGAACGAGGAGAUUCCCAGUGAUGAAGAUGAAGUGAACGAGAACCGCAACGCCAUGCAGCAGCAGUCCAGCAUGCAGCCGGGCCAGGGCGGCGACGAUGACGACGAAGACGAAGACGACUACUGGGAUGACGACGGCUUUGAGGGGACGCCCCUGGAGGAGUACAGCACGCCUUUGGACUACGACAACGGAGAGGACGAGUACCGAUUCUUCACUGCCGCCCUUCUCCGGGUCCAGAACAGCGACACAGCCUGGUACCAGUGUUUGACGGCUCCGCUCAGCGACGACCAGAAGAAACAGCUGCAGGAGAUCUACAGCAUCUCACAGCAGAGGAGGAGCACCGCCGCCAAGGGCCAAUGAGCACUGACGGACAUGGACGGACUGCAGAACCAGUGGAGGGGGACGAAGAAGAGAAGAGCUGGUCUGACCUGACCUGAAGUGGAUUUCAGUCUAACCUGAAAUAUCUCAGCCCAGAUCAGACCACAUCAGACUUAAUGGAUCCCACCAAAACCAGGUCCCACCAUGCCAUCAGAACUGGAUGGAGGUAGCAGGGGCUGCAUUGGCAUUCUAUCAGUUUGGGACCUGGUGCACUGUAGAGAGCCCCUACUGGAAUAUUCCUAUCACCAGGACAGGACCGCUGGCCUGUGUGUGUGUGUGUGCGUGUGUGUGCGUGUGUGUGCGUGUGUGUGCGUGUGCGUGCGUGUGUGUGUGUGGACUCCAGAUAAAGGUCUGCAUUAUAAAUAUAAAUGUCCUUGACCAGCAAAAUUUGUUUGAGUUCUUGUACAAUGCAGUUCCUUUGGUCUGUGUCUACGUAGUUGUGUGUGUGUGUGUGAGUGUGCGCGUGUGAGAAACUGUAAAAAUAAAAACACAUCGGAGUGUGUGUUUGUACGUACUGUAAGCGCUUGUCUUUGUCUCUCUAUAGCUGAUCACUUUUUAUCAUCUCAUGAAGCGAGGGGCCUGUGAGGAGCGAGGAGAGGCCGGUUUUCAGACAGGGUGCCUUGAAUUCAGACUGCAGAUGGACGAGGAGGUCAAAGGUCAAAGACUUGUGGCCUCCGGCCAUGACGUCACAUAUGACAUUUAAAAUGGGAGUGGGGUCUCGGGAGAAGCAGUUUUUUUGUUUUUUUGUCUUUCUGUUUGUCUAUGGAUUUUGUUUUUGUAACAGUUUUCUGAACUAAUUUAAGAAAAUCAUAAAAGUUCAUGUAACAUUGUUCUGAA